AUGCGCCUCAAGCGGUCUUGGUUCGGGACAACGGAUUGUGCCAGGAUCAAGCGAGGAACCCUGGUCGGCCAUCGACUUUAUCUUACUCGAGCUUUGACCUUCAACCUUUACUUUACACUCUUCUUGUACCUCACUCUCCAUCAUCCGAGAUACCUCUCCCGGACCACCGCUACGAUGCCCGCCAAAGGCACCGCACCCUUCGCGACCUUCCUCAUCAUAGGACCGGUCUGCUUCUUCCUCGGAGUCCUCUUCGCCUACUUUCCCUACGACUACAACGUCCUCUGGACAACUCCACCAGCGGAUCCCUCCAACCCCGAGGCCGACGUCCGCGCGCCCUUCUUCGAUCUCCAAGAAAACCACCUCCGCUUCCUCCACGCAUCUCCACCCCUCAUCUCGCGCAUCCUCCACAUCGUAAUCGGCACAGGUCUCCUCGGCUUCCUGAUGAAGCUCUUUAAACCCACCGAGGCGAACCUGCUCUUCGACGGCGCGAGUCUGGUGCUGUACAUGUGCGGCGUGACGGUCUACAUUGCGAACAUCGUCAAGGGUUUGCGCACGGUGACGGCGGGCGCGUAUGGAACGGGCAAGCUGGCGGAGGGAGAGACGAUUAUGAGCAAGCAGUUGGAGGGCACGGACGGACAGUAUAUCAGUCGCGAGGACAGUUUGAGGGUCAUGAGCGCGAGUAAUACGAUUUGCGCGUUGGUGCUUGUGGGUGUGUUGGUGCUGCAGGCGGGACAGUGGUACGCGCAGAGGAAGGAGGAUCAGGAGCUUGAGGAGAUGGAUAAGGUGAGGGAUGAGAAGAAGGCGGCCAAGGUUGCGGCUGGUAAGGAGGGCAAGAAGACGAAAUAG